GCAUCGUUGCUGUUGCAUGAAGCCGCGAUGUGACCGAGCGCGUGAUCCGCGUGGCACAUUGGCUGGGCGGUUCUUUUCUGCCGAGCGUUUUCAACGCCGAUGUCACAGGCGAGUCGCGUGAGGUGCUGCGUACUUGGAUGUUCGGCCACUUAUCAAAGCACCGAUGAAACUGGCGAAAAAAUCCGCUUAUUCGGCUUUCCCUCAAGACCCCACGAUAUACAACGCAAAAACAAGUGGAUUGACAACAUUAGACUAGCCCGGAAAGACGUCAACGGAGCUUGGUCACCCUCAAAAAACUCCAAGGUCUGCUCAAGGCACUUCGUUGGUAACGUUAAAGGAGAAGAUCCGCGGGCAGCCAAUUACAUCCCCACCAUCUUCCCUGAUGUGAGCAGCAAGACUGCACAGAAGUACAAUAGGCUCCUGAAGACGAAGCAGAGCGCGAAAGCCAACCUAAUUGAGCAAUCGCCGCAAAAGCCCCUUGAAGCAAGUAAAAGGCCUUCACGUGCUGGAGAAACGGAGAAUUCCUUACCGUCCUCCAAAGCAGCUACUAGAGAAGUCGCCGGUGGAACUACAAUGGAAGGACAGAGGGCUGUGCACCUGGCUUCUGUAGUCGACGGAGAUGGUUCUCUGGAAAGUGGUGUUCAUGUCACGCUAGAUGACUUCUUGCGCGAAUGGUCAGCGGACCCGCACCCGAAAUAUGUUGGUACAAAGUGCGAAGAAAAUGGACCUGCUGAUCCAGCUCACGGGAGCAAGGGGCACGGGUUUGAGUGUCCCAUCUGUGCUGACUCAUACACAACCUCGCGUAGCCUUCGACGACACCUGUCCCGUCGCUCAUUCCUGGCACGGCUUCCCUGCCGCAAGUGUGGGUCUUGUCAUCUGGCAUUCAACCGCUGCACCCUCAUAAUGCGAGCACAGGGUUGUCGGAUUGCUGCUAGUAGCGCCACCCUAUCGGCUCUGCCGCCUGGAGAGACAUUGGUUCCUGUGGAACUCUCCGAAGGCGACAGCACAGCCUCGCAGACCGAUGUGCCAAUGACUGUUCUUGAAAAGGUCCUUCAGAGCGUGGUCUGCUCCGAGUGUUACGUCAACCUAGAAGACGAGGCCUGCCGGGAGGACCACUUCCACCCGUCACGAGGCAACCUUAUCCGCUGCACCAACUGUCCGAUGCUGUGCACUUCAGAGUGUGCUCUACGUGCACAUCGGAGGCUGCACACGCAGCGGCGCCCCUUCGUCUGCCCCGAGUGCGGCCUACGCUGCGAGGAUGAAUGGACCGUGUUCCACCGGCAUGUGACCAAGCAUUGCCAUCACUUUGAGCGAAUUGUGGGCUACCACUGUCAGCUGUGUCCUGCCCUGCUGCUUGAUCAAGCUGAACUGGCUGGCCACAUAGUGGACACGCACAGCAGUGCUCUGCACAAAUGCCAGGCAUGUCCGAUGGCCUUCAUAAAUUUGGACGGCUUCCACAUACACCGGCAGGCAGCACACCCCAAGCUGCGCUCCCAGUGCUGGCUUAUCCUCAAGUGCCCGCUGUGCGAGGCUGUCUUUGCUUCGGCUGAACUGCUUACCAAUCACAUGACGAGUCAUCUGGACCAGUGUGGCCGUUCCUUAUUUAAGUGCUCUACAUGCGACUCACUUCACCCCACACGCACAGACCUGGUGGCUCAUGUGCGGAAGCUCCACCCCGACAUGCACCAAGCAACGUUAUGGGGCAAAGAAGAGGACCCGAUCCUGGCUUUUCUCACUGGAAAGAAAGCAACGGCAAACAUGUCAAAUGAAGUCAUCAACCUGGAUGAUGAUGAACCGCCUGACUCUGGUGACCAGGUGAUGGACACUUCUGUCACACAAGCACAGAAGCCAGAGAAAGGAAGCCCAGAAAAGCCAGCACCUGCAUCGAGUGUGCCCUCUGACCAAGCGCAAAAGGGCAAGCAAGAUGCCCCUAAGACAGUUAAUCAGCAUUCUACAAGUGAGCAGCAGGCAGCCGUCAGACAGGAUGAAAAGCCACCAAACGGCACCCGUGUGUGUGCCAAGUGUGACUUCCAGAGCAGUGACAAGUCAGUUUUCCGGGAACACAUAAAAGUGCACCGGCCACCGAACCAGGAAACAUUCCAGUGCCUCGAGUGUGGUCUGUGUUAUGUGGUUGAGCCUUCUUUGAGGAAGCACCUGCGAGGAGUUCAUAGGGUGGAGGAGACACAAGACAGCAACAAGCUCAUAGGCACAGGCCCCAAUGGUGCCACUGUCAGCGGGCUUCGUUGCUCUGUGUGUUCAGCAACUUUCGACACCGAACGAGAACUUAAAAGCCAUACACGUAGCCAUGGCAUGGCAUUCCUGAAGAAAGUGAAGGCCAAAGACGGCACUGUUUGAUUUGUGGUAUGUGUGUGUGCAUAUGCGUGUUUUGUGUGCAUCGAGUUUGCAGAUGAGUGAAUAAAUUACCUAAAAAGAAAGUUUUUACAUUUAC